UCGCAUUAUUCAGACAUCGUCGCCAUGUAUCCCGACCUUUCCAGGCGUGCGCGGAGCUACCAUUAAUUUCCAGCCACCCCGACCCAAGGCUUACCUGCUUUGCGCAGUCUAAUCUGUACACUAUUUAUUUGAUAUUUCAUUGUCUUUUUCCGACUUGGCUGCAUAUAGAUUCCCCUUUUCUGUCGCCGUGUUGAGCAGGCCGAGCCCAGAUUGCUUGGGACGAGAGCCGUAACUUCCGACACCAAACAGUCCCCGAGGUCACCACAUUCGCCCUUCCGCAAUGCUGCCCCGGCAGCGAGCCCUCCGGUUACCGACGCCGACACGUCCCGUCUUCUCGACCCCGUCACGAAGGUUGAGCGCCUGCUCUAUCCCGGCAUCAUUACGACAGAGACAGACCGUUGCGCCACAGCUGCAAUGCUCCACGAGGAGUAGUUGGCCGUCGUCGCUCUCAAGGUUCUCGACGUACUCUGCGUUAGGCAAGCGGAAAGAGGGCUCGGGUUUUUUUGACGGAGCUACCGAGCCACUUUCCGAGGAGGAGAAGAAGGCGAAUCUCGAGAAGGCCGAGGCUGAAGAGAAGGAAAUAGCGAAGUCUAAGUCUACCAGCUCCGACGCGACAUCGAACAACAGCGGCACGGGGGCGCCAGGGGCACCGGAUGGGAGAGGUAGUGCUGCUGGCGGCGCCUCGUCCGGGGCGGGAGAUGACUCGGGCUCCAGUGGUGGCAGACGGGGGCGGAAGGGUGACAAGGCGCUUGCAAAGCCUGUGGUACCAGAAAUCUACCCCCAAGUCCUAGCAAUUCCCAUCGCAAAGAGGCCGUUGUUUCCCGGAUUCUACAAGGCCAUCACCAUCAAGGAUCCCAACGUCGCCGCCGCGAUAACUGAGAUGUUCAAGCGUGGGCAACCCUACGUUGGCGCCUUUCUGUUCAAGGACGAGAAUGCCGACGACGACGUCAUUCGCAACCCUGAUGAUGUUUACGACGUCGGUGUCUUCGCCCAGGUCACCAGCGCGUUUCCCAUGAACGCACAGGGCGGCGAGGGCGGCGGUCUGACGGCGAUCCUGUACCCCCAUCGCAGGAUUCGGCUGUCUUCGCUGAUCCCGCCAGGAGGUGCAGGCCCCUCGAAGGCUACCCCUGUCGCAGAACCCAUCCCGGAGGCUGUCCCUAGACCGGCAGACGAGGCGGAUCAGAAGGGAGACGUGGUCGCGAGUUUCGAGGAGAGUGCCGUCGAGCAGCCGAAGCCCGAGACGUCAAAGAAGCUGUACGAGGUGACGUCCUUCUUGAAGAAGUAUCCCGUCAGCAUCGCCAAUGUCGAGAACCUCACCGAGGAGCCACAUGAUCCCAAGAGUCAGGUGAUUCGUGCCGUCACGAACGAGAUUGUCAACGUAUUCAAGGAGGUUGCCAGCAUGAACAGCUUGUUCAGAGAUCAGAUCUCUACGUUUUCUAUUAGCCAAUCGGCCGGCAACGUCAUGUCGGAGCCCGCGAAGCUCGCUGAUUUUGCCGCCGCUGUCUCUGCUGGAGAACCGGCCGAGCUUCAAGAAGUCCUGGAGAGUCUAAACGUCGAAGACCGGAUGCACAAGGCGCUCUUGGUGCUCAAGAAGGAACUCGCCAACGCUCAGCUCCAAUCCAAGAUCACCAAGGACGUUGAAAGCAAGAUUACGAAGCGGCAGCGCGAGUACUGGUUGAUGGAGCAGAUGAAGGGCAUCCGGCGGGAGCUCGGUAUUGAAUCGGAUGGCAAGGAUAAGCUGGUGGAGAAGUUCAAGGAAAAGGCGGACAAGCUGGCAAUGCCUGAAGCGGUGCGAAAGGUGUUUGACGAAGAGCUUAACAAGCUGGCACACCUGGAGCCGGCCGCGUCCGAGUUCAACGUCACUCGGAACUACCUGGACUGGCUCACCCAGAUUCCUUGGGGGCAGAGGAGCGCCGAGAACUUCGAUAUCAAAAACGCCAUGAAGGUCUUGGACGAGGAUCAUUAUGGUCUCAAGGAUGUCAAAGACCGCAUUCUGGAAUUCAUUGCGGUGGGCAAGCUGCGCGGAACGGUCGAGGGCAAGAUCCUCUGCUUCGUUGGGCCCCCCGGUGUGGGCAAAACCAGCAUUGGUAAAUCGAUCGCUCGCGCGCUGAACCGCGAGUACUACCGGUUCAGCGUUGGCGGUCUCACCGACGUUGCAGAGAUCAAGGGCCACAGGAGGACAUAUGUUGGCGCCCUGCCCGGGCGGGUUAUCCAGGCGCUGAAGAAGUGCAAGACCGAGAACCCACUGAUCCUGAUCGACGAGAUCGACAAGAUCGGGCGUGGUUAUCAGGGUGACCCGUCCUCUGCGCUGCUGGAGCUUCUUGAUCCCGAGCAGAACAGUUCGUUCCUUGACCACUACAUGGAUGUUCCCGUCGACCUUUCCCGGGUCCUCUUCGUCUGUACGGCAAACAUGACCGAUACGAUUCCUCGACCGCUCCUCGACCGUAUGGAGGUCAUCAGACUCUCCGGCUAUGUCUCGGAUGAGAAGAUGGCUAUUGCAGAGCGGUAUCUCGCGCCGCAGGCGCAGGAGCUCGCUGGCCUCAAGGACGUCGACGUGCAGCUCGACAAGAGCGCGAUCGAGGAGCUCAUUAAAUCGUAUUGCAGGGAGGCCGGUGUCAGGAACCUCAAGAAGCAGAUCGAAAAGGUGUACAGGAAGUCGGCGCUGAAGAUCGUCCAGGACCUGGGGGAGGAGGCGCUGCCCGAGGACAAAGCCCUCACUGACGAAGGCAAAGCGGCCCUCGAGGAGUCGGAGAAGGAGGGCAAGACCCAAGAGGCCGGCAAAGAAGCAAGUGAGAAGGAAACUGUCGAGCAACCCAGGAAGCCGCUCAGAGUCCCCGAGAGCGUGCAUGUCACUAUCGACAAGGAUAAUCUCAAGGACUACGUCGGCCCACCGAUCUUCACCUCGGAUAGGCUAUACGAUGUCACCCCCCCAGGCGUCACAAUGGGCCUGGCGUGGACACAGCUGGGCGGCGCGGCCAUGUACGUCGAGGCCAUUCUCCAGGCCGCCCUGAAGCCGUCCAGCCGUCCAUCGCUCGAGAUCACGGGCAACCUCAAGACGGUCAUGAAGGAAUCGUCAACCAUUGCCUACUCUUUCGCCAAGUCGCUCAUGGCGCGGGAGUUCCCAAAUAACCACUUCCUCGAGAGAGCCAAGAUUCACGUCCACAUCCCGGAGGGUGCGGUGCAGAAGGACGGCCCGUCGGCCGGCAUCACCAUGGCCACAUCACUGCUGUCGCUGGCCCUUGACACUCCGGUCGACCCCACCGUCGCCAUGACCGGCGAGCUGACCUUGACGGGCAAGGUUCUCCGCAUCGGCGGACUGCGCGAAAAGACGGUGGCGGCGCGCCGCGCGGGCUGCAAGAUGAUUAUUUUCCCGCAAGACAACAUGUCUGACUGGCUCGAACUUCCCGAGAAUAUCAAGGAAGGCAUUGAAGGCCGUCCGGCGAGUUGGUACUCGGAGGUGUUUGACUUGAUCUUCCCCAAUCUUGACCGCGAGAAGGCAAACCGGUGCAAGGCCUGUGAGAACAAGAAGGAAGAUGGGGAGAAGUCCGAAGAUGAAGACAAGAGCGAUUAGAGCGCCGCAGGUAGUAGGAGUAUGGUUGGCAACAGACACAUGCCAUCAUUGGGGGAUAAGGCGAGACAAUGUUUCCCUCCAUCCUACGCCAGCCAUUACGAACGCCUUGGGUCGGGAUCCUUGCUGCUUCGCUGCUACCGCUGCUCGAUUCUCUGCCCUAC